GUCCAAGAACUGGCUGCCCCACCUCGAACAUUGCAGGUUCUUCGCGAAUGCAUACGCGCCUGUAUGCACGCCACGUAUGAGUGCCUUUCCGACAACGUACAAGCCCUCUACGGCGGUAACUUCCAGAAUGGAAAUACGUCCGCCGCGGCACGAGCUGGUGGUGGAAUGGUCUCGACCAAUGAGAAAACCACCGAUUUCCAAUUAGACAUCGAUCCUCUCUUGGGCGUUCGAUCCCUCUCCUAUUGGCACAAACUAAUCUCCCUCAUGGUGUCCGUCAUUGAGGACGACCGCAAACACUAUGCUCCUGUUCUCAACCAAUUUCCACAGGACAUCAAUCUGGGCGAUCUGUCGGCAGAGAUGAUGUGGAAUUUCCUUGCAGAGGACAUCUCAGUUGGUCUGAGUCAGCACUACGAGGCGGUGAUGCGUCGGCUAGUGACGCAGAGCCUCACUGCUCCGUCGGGAACAGCUUCACAGAAGCGCUCCACGUCAGCGGCUUCAGGAGACCAAUGCGGCGAGAUCACCGUGACUAGACUCUCCAAGGCAAAGAUCAAGACCUCAGACUACCUCAACCUCUGCUUCCGCAUCAAGUGGUUCUACAACACCUACGUUCGACCAAGUCGGCGAAAUACACCCGAAGAGGUUCCAGAGUAUCCUAAGUGGUUUGAGCCGCUGGUGAUGCUGUGGCUAAGCGAGAAUGACGAGGUGUCAGAGAAUUACUUGCGCAACGCCUACGAGCGCGACAAACGCGACGGAUUCCAGCGCUCCAGUGAGCACGCACUCUACUCCAACUCCGUGGUGGACGUGUUCACCCAGCUGAACCAGUGUUUCGACGUCAUCCGCAAGCUCGAGUGUCCCGAUCACACCAUCGAGGCCAACUUUAUGCACCAGUUCGCGCAGACCGUCGAAAAGGUGCUCCUGGCGUACUCGGAAAGCGUUCAACUGGACUUCCCGCACUUCAAAAACGACACCCGCAUCGCCUGCAUCCUGAUCAACAACACACAGCAACUGCGGGUCCAACUUGAGAAGGUGUACGAGGCGAUGGAGGGAGAAGACUUCAAUCUCCAUGACGAAACCCGCGAACAGCUGACGGAGCUGCAGGUGAAGUUGAAGGACGCCGUCGACACCCUCGUCGCCUCCUUUGCCAGCGAAUUCGAGGAGGAUGUGCAACGGAAUGUACUUGAAAUGGGCCGACUACUACAAAGAUGCAAUGUAUCGGGGUCGGGAGGCAGGAGCAUGGAACAGAUGGAGGCAGAUUGUGAGAACUGUUUGCGACCACUGAUGGAUUACUUUGAGUUGGUUCUGUCCGCGCAAGCCAACGCCUGUGAAAAGACAGUGCUUAAAAGGCUCCUUAAGGAACUGUGGAAAAUAACUAUGCAAAAUACAGAAAAGUUUGUCGUUUUACCGGGCGUUUUGGAUGCAAAACUGGCGCCUGCGAUGGGACUGACCACUCCCAGGGGGACUGCAUCGUCCAAGCUGAUUGGUGGAGCACAGAGCCUCUUCAGUCAUGUUGGACACAACGUUUCAGCCUCUAAACUCCUGCAGGACUUCGCUGGCGACAGCUCCACCACCAACAGAGGCCUCACUCCUUACCAAUGCGAGCUUCUGAGCAGUUGCCUUGAGACCAUCCAGGUGUACUUCUAUGCCGGUGGAAGGGGUCUCAAACGCUCCUUCCUUGAACGCUCUCCGGAACUCCACAACCUUCAGCAGGCACUCUCGCUCUACUCCCAGUCCACUGACACCCUACUCAAGGACUUCAUAACCUCCGAGGUCUUUGCUAUGGAGGCAAUUUCCCCGGAUGACGCCUGCGGUUAUUUAAAUGUACAGGUGGAAGUCUUUAAGCACCCAGGAACCGGAGAGUACAAGGUGAUCGUAAAAGUAUUAUCCGCGUCUGACCUUGGAGGGGUACAUAUCUCAGGGGUGUUCCGUCCAUUUGUCGAGGUCUACCUUUUCGGCCCCCUUCUUGCAGACCGCAAACGACGCUUCACGACCAAGUCCCGAUCUGGAACCAUCUCGCCAUUGUUCAACGAGACCUUCGUGUUCUACCUCUCAAAUCGAAGCGACCCUGAAUGGUACGAGCUGCAGUUCAUCGUAAAGGACUACUGCUUCGGUCGAACCGACCGCCUCGUGUCGACCAGCGUGCUGACCCUCUCACAGGCCCUGGAUUUGGGCGGAUCGGCUCCUGUCCGCCUGCCGCUAACCCGGCGGCAAACGCAGCUGGAAGCUGGUUGGACGGUGCUGCGAAUCCUCUCGCAGCGAAUCGCCACCGACGAGGUGGCGCGCGAAUUUGUCCGCGUCAAGACCGACUGCUGCUGCUACUGCACCUCCGUCAACGCCGAAGAUGCCUACGUCACACCCAGCCUCUCCCACUCACAACUCGAUGCUGUCUCUUCCUGA